GCCUAGACCGGUAUAGUCCCAAGUCUUAUCUGCGCCUUGACAGCACGGUUGCAAACGUGGGCGCUGGGCGUCAAAGAGUGGGGGAAUACACCUUGCUUUACGAUUGGCCCAAGACCUCACAGAUAACGGGCCCAUAAUGCUCCACGACGCUUGUGGACGCUUCUAUCACAGAUCACCCAAUGUCAAGAUGAUAGCGGACCCGUCAACUACUUGGUAGAAGCUUAACCGAUAACUUAAAUCCACGAUAUCAUCGCCAAAGACCCUUGGAACUACUUCAAUGACUUGAGAUUCAUUCUGGACGGAAGUAGAAGGACGUUUUGACAACUCACGUCGUGUACAACAGGAGCUGAUACUGCUCGCGCGAUCAAAGCCAAGCUGUGAGAUCCUUUUUGCCGGAGCAUUUUGGUAUACCAAUACCAUACACAAAUCAAGAUGACCCUCACCGAGGCCAACACGUCGACUACGCCGACCGAGAAGUCUUUUCAAGAGACACCAAAGGAGGAGCAUGCUCACAGACAUGCUCAUGCUGCGCCGCACGAUUUGCUUGAUGCCAUGGAGGCUGGCACCGUCCAGGCAGAGGAAGAACCUAAGAUCCUGCAUGGCUGGAACGUGAAGCUCGAGAAACUCCUCGGCGUCGAGGCUCGCGGUAUCGAACGAGUUGAAGAAAGCGACAGACCUGACAAGGCUACCAUCGGCGACUUUGUCCAGAUCAUCCUGCUUUGGUUCUCUGCCAAUUUGACCCUGAACAACCUGGCUAUCGGCCUGCUGGGACCAUUGGUCUUCUAUGUCGGACUGAAAGAUGCAAUGUUGGUCGGGACCUUCGGAACGAUCGCAGGGUCUGUGGGUACUGCAUACAUUUCCACCUUUGGUCCUUUGAGCGGGAAUAGAACUCUGGUCGUUGCACGAUACACCUUCGGAUGGUGGCCUUCGAAAAUCGCCGUCCUAUUGAACAUGGUUAUCAUGCUUGGCUACGGCCUCGUCGACUGUCUCAUCGCGGGCCAGCUUCUGUCUGCCGUGGCCAACGGCUCGAUGACGGUCAUCGUGGGAACCAUCAUUGCGGCAAUCAUAUCUCUCGUCGUGGCCUUGUUCGGUAUCAAGCUCUUCCACACCUACGAGCGAUACGCCUUCAUCCCACAAAUUCUCGUCUUGUUCAUCUUGAUUGGCGUUGCCGGCCCGAAAUUCAAUGCCAGCAGCGCCACCGUCGGACCGAGCGAAGUCGCCGUUGCAGACAGGGUCAGCUUCUUCUUCCUCGCCGCAUCGGCACCACUAGCCUGGUCCCCGGCAGCAUGCGAUUUCUUCGUGUACUUCCCACCGAGUUGCAAUCGAUGGAAAGUCUUCGGCAGUACUCUCCUCGGUCUUGGAUUGAGUUCAGUCAUCAUGGUCCUCAUUGGUGUCGGUCUAGGCAGCGGCGCGUUAGCCAACACCGAGUGGGCCGACGCCUACGAUGUAUCUGCGGGCGCGCUGGUCGUGCAAGCACUUCGACCGCUGGGCUCGUUUGGCGACUUCUGCGCCGUCAUCCUGUCACUGGGUCUGAUUGCGAACAACAUCCCCGGUACCUACUCCGCCGCGCUGUGCUUUCAGCUGUUGGGCCGCUGGUUCCGACGCGUGCCUCGCUGGUUCUGGGUCAUUGUCUCUGUAAUCAUCUACACAGUCUGUGCCUGCGCCGGGCGAAACCAGCUCUUCGCCAUCUUUGAAGAUUUUCUCGCGCUCAUGGGCUACUGGACCAUCAUGUGGUGCACCAUGACGCUUGAGGAGGAACACAUCUUCAGACGGAAAAUUGGGUACAACUGGUCCGACUGGAAUAAGCCGUCCAAAUUGCCGCUGGGCGUCGCUGCGUUCACCGCGUUCUGCAUCGGAUGGGUGGGCGCAGUGUUGUGUAUGUACCAGGUCUACUUCAUUGGACCCAUUGCUAAAAUGGUGGGCGAUGGAAUUGAUCUGGGGUUCCCCGUCGCAGCCGCAUGGACCGGAUUGUGUUAUCCUCCGUUGAGAUGGCUCGAGUUGAAGUAUCUGAAGAGAUGAGAUGAGGACAAUUGUGGCUGAUUUCGCGACUCACCCUCCUUCAGUUUGAUGAGGCUGUGCUUGGGGAUGGGGAUAUCGACGCUGGAUCGUGAUCUUACGUCGAUGGCUAUGUAAUUGUGUAAUAUACCAUGUACGGAUACCAGGAGACCAUAUGAU